CCAGAACGCGCUCUCCUGCGCGCCCCAGGGGGCGCGCACCCGGCGAUCUCCGGCACUGAUGAUCGGUGCCCAGCAGUGCCACCCGCAAGUUCCGCCCACCUGUGCCCAGCAGUGCCACCCGCAAGUUCCGCCCACCUGUGCCCAGCAGUGCGCCCACUAGCUCCGCCCACCUGUGCCCAGCAGUGCACCCACCUGUGCCCAGCAGUGCACCCACCUGUGCCCAGCAGUGCACCCACCUGUGCCACCUACAUGUGCCCAGCAGUGCCACCCACCUGUGCCCACCCACCUGUGCCCACCAGUGCCACUCACCUGUGCCACCCACCUGUGCCCACCCACCACUGCCGCCCACCAGUGCAGCCCAGCAGUGCUGCCAGUCAGUGGUGCCAGUCAGUGCCCAGCAGUGAUGCCAGUCAGUGCCGUCUAUCAGUACCCAUCAUCAGUGUCACCUAUCAG